AUGGUUUUCAGUUCUUCGUCUAAGGCUCAAAAAGUUGCAGGAUUUCUUGCAGAAUCCAAUCCUCAAUUGAACGUGAAAGGAGAACCAUCCGGUCCAAAAGUAAAAUCUGUUACAAUAGGUCCAAAGAUACGUAAAUCACCCGACAGUUGCUACAAGGAGGCCAAUGGUUUAUUAAAAACUCGUGAAACGUUAAAUACACUCCCGCCACCGGGAAAUACAUUUCGUUCAGAAGUUACAUGGAAUAAAAUUCCGGGUCAACAAAACAAAGAAAAAUACUCCCCGAGUAGUACAACUGUUCAUGUUAAUGGCUCUUUACCACACGAAAACAAUCAGCUCAAGUUUGGUAGGCAGAGAACCACCCAGGUAGAUAGUACUCAUCUAAUGGACAGUCGCGGUGGGAUGAAUAAUAAUCACUCACACAAUGGACCAAAUGUAUCAAAAUAUAGCAGUUUUUAUCCAGUAAGUGCAAAAAAUCAUGUUCGUUUUCGACAGUAUGCUGCUGGUUAUAACGAUAAGAUGUUACGUCGUAGUACUCGCUCGAUAAUUAAUCUCGAAGGAGCAUCUGAGGAAAGCGGAUUCGACACUCCAUUCCCUUAUGAUCCGAAUGAAAAUAUUGAAGAAUUUUCUAUUGGAUAUUAUAAUAUCGAAGAAGGUUUUGGUAUAGACGAUCGUGAUAUACUUCAUAUAAAAGAUGAAAAACAAAUGGACACAAACGAUCCUCAGGAAAACCCUUGGGUUGAAAACAUAACUUACAUAAGCAACAAUAAGAAUGGUAGAGCAACAGUUACUUCUAAUGGGUCUGUAUAUUUAUAUGUCGCACAGCAAGUUAAUCCGAGAUUUGAAGUGACAGGGGGUAUUAUCAUGCUUAAGACAGGCAACGUAUUAUAAGUUGAUUUGACAUAUAAGAUAUUUCAGUACUUCAUUUGGAACAAACAUUAAGUUUAUACGUUACUUGCUACUUUAAGUAAUUUUUCUUAAUGAAGUUUGUGCUAAAUGUUGCCCGUGGAAAAGUAUAUACGUUGUAAACUUUCAAAGGAAGUCUGUCAUAGCAAACUUUUUAAAUGCAACUUUUUCAUAGAUGCAAAACUUUAUAAAAUCUUAAUGAAAAAUAUCUUAUUGACU